CGUCUUUGACCCCGUCCCUGCUUCUCUUCCCCGGCCGCAUCCUCCUCCAGGUGUCCUGCCCCUUUCCCGCAUCACUGUCUUCCCUCUGCCCCUCUCCCCUAUCUCGAUCCUCCUCUCUACCUCUUUACCCCCAGUCUGUCCCCCCUCGCCCUCCUCCGUGGCCGAGCAGAGCCAGGCCCCAGACGGCGGGAAGGCGGCCGGGCGUCCGGCCGGGCUGGGCCUCGGCCUGGCGGCUGGGCCGGUGUGGGGAGCGGCAGCUGUUUGCCAUUAGCCGGGGACCCCGCAGGCCCCGCCCCCUCCCUGCACGGGGCGGGGUCACCCCUGCCGGGGUCUUUGGGUCGGAGAGACCCCAGAGACGUCCAGGUUUGGCUGGGAGUGGGGCUGGAAAGAGACUCCGCCGGACAUUCGGGCCCGCCUGGGACCCUGCACCCCCUUACCUGUCCCCUCUUGGAGUGUCUCGCCUCCCAUUCUCUCCAUCUCUCUCCUAUCCUGCUUUUCCUUCUCUAUAUCCCAGGGGUCCCAUAGAGGGAGAGGGGCUUCAGCCACAGACACCCUUCCUCACCACCCCGCCCACCCCGCUCUGCUUUCUCGACCUGUGGUCAUCCGCGCACGUAGAGGGCGGUCCGAUGGCUGGAGACCCUCAGACCUCAGUCUCUCUUGGAAACGGGCAGAGGGAUGUGGCAUUGGGAGGUGGGGGUGGUGUGGCCAAUAGUGGGGAAUCUGCCAGGCUUAGGUUCGAGUCCAGACCCAGCCACUUCCCCCUCCGGUGACCCUGGGCAAGUCACUGUGCGUUUCUGUGCCUACCCCGCCCCCCAUUCCUUAUUUGCAAAACAGAGCAAUCAAUAACUGUGUGCCUGAUGGGGACGUUGUGAUCAAAUGAGCUGCUGGGGUGAUUAUUACAGUUAUUACUAUUAUUUGCCCCACCACUUUUCACCUCCAGGGGCCCCCACAGGCUAUGCCAGUCCUGCUUCCUGCCACCAGUCUGUCUCAGGUGUCCAGAAAAGAGUUUUGAUCACCUCCCAGGCGUUGAAAGACAAAGACGUGAAGAAAGACGGAGAGAGAAGUGGAGCGAGGCACAGAGAGACAGAACGUGGAGAGAGGCAGAGAAGCGUGGAGAGACUAAGCAAGACACUAAGCAAGGGACGAGCAGGGUGUAAGACAAGGACAAGCCCGGCUGCCCCGGAGCCCCAGCCCCGCCUUCAUGCCCGGCAAGUGCCCCACCUGGCCCAUCCUCCCAGGUAAGCCUCAGCCCAAGCUGCAGGUGAUCUGAGUCACAGACCCCAAGUGACUCUUGAGGAGCUUCUGCAGACCAGAGGAUGGCCCAAGUCCUGCACGUGCCAGCUCCCUUCCCAGGGACCCCUGGUCCAGCCUCCCCACCCGCCUUCCCUGCCAGGGAGCCUGACCCACCGUACUCUGUGGAGACGCCCUAUGGCUACCGCCUCGACCUGGACUUUCUCAAGUAUGUGGAUGACAUCGAGAAAGGCCACACGCUUCGGCGCGUGGCCGUGCAGCGCCGGCCCCGCCUCAGCUCACUGCCCCGAGGUCCUGGCUCCUGGUGGACCUCCACCGAGUCUCUGUGCUCUAAUGCCAGUGGGGACAGCCGCCACUCGGCCUAUUCCUACUGCGGCCGCGGCUUCUACCCGCAGUACGGUGCCCUAGAGACCCGCGCCGGCUUCAACCCGCGCGUGGAACGCACGCUGCUGGAUGCCCGACGCCGCCUGGAGGACCAGGCAGCUGCGCCCACCGGCCUGGGCUCCCUGACCCCCAGCGCAGCAGGCUCCACCAGCUCAUUGGUGGGCGUGGGGCUGCCACCCCCGACGCCACGGAGCUCGGGACUGUCCACACCCGUGCCUCCUAGCGCCGGGCACCUGGCCCACGUGCGGGAACAGAUGGCGGGUGCCCUGCGGAAGCUGCGGCAGCUGGAGGAGCAGGUGAAGCUGAUCCCCGUGCUCCAGGUGAAGCUAUCCGUGCUGCAGGAGGAGAAACGGCAGCUCACGGUGCAGCUCAAGAGCCAGAAAUUCCUGGGCCAUCCCACGGGGGCCCGGGGCCGCAGCGAGCUCUGCCUGGACCUCCCAGAGCCCCCCGAAGAUGCAGUGACGCUCGAGACCAGGAGCGUGGGCACCUGGGUCCGAGAGCGGGACUUGGGUGUGCCUGACGGGGAGGCAGCCCUCGCCGCUAAGGUCACGGUGCUGGAGACCCAGCUCAAGAAAGCGCUGCAGGAGUUGCAGGCGGCUCAGGCCCGGCACGCGGACCCCCAGCCCCAGGCCAGGCCACCACCAGACAGCCCGAUCCGAGUGGACACUGUCCGGGUGGUAGAGGGGCCGCGGGAGGUGGAGGUGGUGGCCAGCACGGCUGCCGGAACCCCUGCACAGCGGGCCCAGAGUCUGGAGCCCUAUGGAACAGGGCUGCGGUCCCUGGCACUGUCUGGAGGGGUGGAGAGCCCUGCCGUGUUCCGUAGCCACGAGCUCCUAGAGACCGCGUUCCCAAUAUCUGCUGCGCCCGCCGGCAACGUUCACCUGGUGAAGAAGAUCAGCAUCACGGAGCGCAGCUGCAGUGACCCAGCAGGUCUCCCACAGGCCCCUGCGGAGUCAUCCUCGUCGCCCCCAGGGGUGGCGGCCACGUCCCUGGCACAGCCUGAGAAGAAGGCAGGUCGAGCGCUCGCCCGCGAAGCUGCCAACUCGGAGCCCGCCAGGCAGGCACCCUCGUGCGAGUCCGCGGAGGCGGGGGGCGCAGGCGAGCCCCCGGCUGGCGUGCGGUCCAUCAUGAAGCGCAAAGAGGAGCCCGCGGACCCCCCAGCCCACCGGAGGAGCCUGCAGUUUGUGGGGGUCAAUGGCGGAUACGAGUCCUCCUCGGAGGAUUCCAGCACAGCAGAGAACUUCUCAGACAACGAGAGCACAGAGAACGAGGCCGCGGGACCAGAGGAGAGGGUUCCAAGUGUGGCCGAAGCCCCCCAGCUCAGGCCCUCGGGGACAGCGGUGGCCAAGACCGGCCAGGAGGAGUGCCAGCCAUCUCGGGAGCCUCAGCAUGUGCUGGUGGAGGAGGGGGUGUCAGGAGCGAAUGCAGAGGAGGAGAUCCGGAUGGAACUAAGCCCCGACCUCAUCUCAGCCUGCCUGGCCCUGGAAAAGUAUCUGGACAACCCCAAUGCCCUCAGUGAGCGGGAGCUGAAAGUGGCCUACACCACGGUGCUACAGGAGUGGCUGCGUCUGGCCUGCCGCAGCGACGCCCACCCUGAGCUUGUGCGGCGCCACCUGGUCACGUUCCGGGCCAUGUCGGCGCGGCUGCUGGACUACGUGGUCAACAUCGCCGACGGCAAUGGCAACACCGCUCUACACUACUCCGUGUCCCACGCCAACUUCCCCGUGGUGCGGCAGCUGCUGGACAGCGGUGUCUGCCAGGUGGACAAGCAGAACCGCGCUGGCUACAGCCCCAUCAUGCUCACUGCCCUGGCCACUCUGAAGACCCAGGACGACCUCGAGACCGUGUUGCAGCUCUUCCGGCUCGGAGAUGUCAAUGCCAAAGCCAGCCAGGCGGGGCAGACAGCCCUCAUGCUGGCGGUCAGCCAUGGGCGGGUGGAUGUGGUCAAAGCCCUGCUGGCCUGUGAAGCGGACGUCAAUGUCCAGGAUGAUGACGGUUCCACAGCCCUGAUGUGCGCCUGUGAGCACGGCCACAAGGAGAUCACGGGGCUCCUGCUGGCUGUGCCCAGCUGUGACAUCUCGCUCACUGACCGCGACGGGAGCACAGCUUUGAUGGUGGCCUUGGACGCGGGGCAGAGUGAAAUUGCAUCCAUGCUCUACUCCCGCAUGAACAUCAAGUGCUCGAGCAGGCGUCGUAGUCAGAUACACAAUACACAAGACGACGUAUCAGAGCCAGGUGAUGGUAACUGCCGGAAAGAAAUCUAAAACAAGUUUGCCCCGAUGCCAGAUGACGAAAGUCCUGCGUCAUCCUCUGCCGAAGAGUAGCCGGGAGGGAGGCCCGGGGGGGGGGCCAGCCAGCCCCAGAGCGAACCGUCCCUCCUCCCUCGUCUCCUCCCUCCUCCCUCGCCGGCACCCCCCCCCCAUACCCACCAAGGCCCGAGUCACAAAGGCAAGUGGGAUUUUCUUCUGCUUCCCAGGAGGAGCCCCCAACAGCAACAUGACUCCAGCUUUAUAGCGGGUUUUUCCUGGUACACCAGUUCAAAGCAGCCGCGGUGCAGACCGGAGCUAAAUUCUUACAUAAAUUGGCGCCAGCGGCCGAGGCCGGGGCGUGGGUUUAUGAAGAACGUUGAGAACAAUCAACUGACAAUUACGGACGGAGGAGGGUGAAAGGGAAAAAUACUGUAUUUUUGAAUCAUUGUGGGGGGGGGGUGGGAAUCGUAUUACUUGUUGCCAGAUCUGAAAGUCACUGGAAUCGCAUAGUUUCAUUUUAAUCCUGAAUGUUGUUACGCACGGGUCACGUCCGGAGUGGCUUAACGCCCCCCUCGCACACCCCACAUUUAAUUGUCUGGUAUAUAAUAGUGUUUUGUCCACUACCCCCUGCCCCCCGCCCUGCCCUCCCCAGACAGCUUUCUUGGGGGGGAACUGUCUUCUGGUCUCUUCGCAAAACAGAUUCUGUCCUUGUCCCCCAGGGCAGGGAACUCAGUCCUUUUUGUUCUGCUGUCUCGCUGCCACUGCCUGUGUCACCCCCAGUCAAGUGGGGGGGGGGGGGGGGCGGCGGGGCGUCUCAGGACCCUGCGGCCGAGACAUCGAGAGAUCACCCAGAAAUCCGUCCCCUCCACGCGUGGAGGCCCUGGCAAAUACUAAUUUUCCUAGAAAAUCCUUCAGACCUGGGGACUCAGGAAAUGAAUCCGGUUCCCAGAGCAGCUGUUUGAGUCCCCGGGCUUAGAACCCUGGUAGCGGGCCGUCCUCAUCCUCCCCAGACUCCACAAUUUCUCCCCGCAAAGGGGGAAAAAAAAAAGACAAAACAGGACAUGUACUUGCUGGCAGAACACAGGGCAAGCUCCAGAAACUCCAUGUGCACACAAUUAAAAGUUGGCUGCCCCCCUGAGGGCUCCCAGUGCAAA